AUGCUGGCAUCCAAGCAGUCCCAGGCGACCACUCGCAACGUCUGCUCCAAGGAGCCCGUCAUGUCAGCCGCGCUCCGGGCCUCUGCUGGCGCUGCCGUGCGCCCCUUCUCCUCAUCUUCCUCCCUGAACCGCCUGGCCUCCAGCCAUGCCAACGGCAGCGCCUCCCGCACCGCUCACAGCAAGCUGGCUCGCGGCCGCAGCGCGCUCAACGUCGUGGCCAUGGCGGGCGAGGGCCAAGCUCCCAAGCCCGUGUGCCUCGUAACCGGCGCCUCACGCGGUAUUGGCAAGGCUAUCGCUCUGGCUCUGGGGGCGCAGGGAACUCGGGUUGCGAUCAACUACGCGGCUUCUGCGGCCGCGGCUGAGGAGGUGGCUGCGGCGGUGGUGGCUGCGGGGGGUGAGGCGAUGGUGGUGGGCGCCAACGUGGCGAAGCGGGAGGAGAUCGAGCGCAUGUUCAAGGAGGUGGCGGAGAAGUGGGGGCGUCUGGACGUGCUGGUCAACAACGCGGGCAUCACUCGCGACACGCUCAUGAUGCGCAUGAAGCCCGAGCAGUGGGACUCAGUCAUCGACACCAACCUCAGCGGCGUGUUCUACUGCACCCAGGCCGCUACCAAGGUGAUGAGCAAGCAGAAGAGCGGCCGCAUCGUCAACAUCACCUCAGUGGUGGGUCUUGUGGGAAAUGCAGGUCAAGCCAACUACGCGGCCGCCAAGGCCGGUGUCAUCGGCCUGACCAAGACCACGGCACGUGAGUGGGCGCCGCGGGGCAUCACCGCCAAUGCGGUGGCCCCCGGCUUCAUAGCAUCCGACAUGACCGCCGCCAUCGACAAGAAGUACGAGGAGGGCAUCCUCAAGGGCAUUCCCCUCGGUCGUUACGGUCAACCGGAGGAGGUUGCUGGGUUGGUUCGUUUCCUGGCCUUGGACCCCGCCGCCGCGUACAUCACCGGGCAGGUUUACAACGUGGAUGGGGGCAUGGUGAUGUGAGGAGACGGAGAUGGAGAUGAUGAGGAGGAGGAGAUGGAGACGGAGAUGGAGAUGGAGGAAGCAGCAGGGGUACCUACAGACUUACACACACGCGCCUACACACACACUUACACACAAGGGCUGGGGACCCCCACGACGGAAUGGGAUCUAGAAAUAGAGAAGGGAGAAGACGACCUCCGCGCUUUGGCACAUGAUUUGAAGAUCACCAAAGAGAUCAGCAAGCACAGACCUGGAGGAGUUCUGAGCGGCUGCGUGAGGACACACACACACAAAUAUACAUACAUACAUACACACACACGGAGAAACGCGAACAUGCACGCAUCUUUCAAUUUUUGUUUUUUUGGUGUGUGUGUUGUGUGUGUGAGUGCGUGUGUGUGUGUGUGUGUGUGUGUGUUCCGUGAAACAGCAGAAGCUUCCCGAGAAGACGUGUAGAGCACCCCCCCACAGGGGCACUUCGCAGCUGGACCCCCCGCCCAAGAAAGGUAAAGCUCCGGGCGGAGAGCUGAGGACCUCAACGGUGGACGAUGGGGUGCGAUGUGUGCUCCAAUCCGUAAUCAGUCAGCCUCACCUCGCAGCCUCACCCACGAAGACGAGGAGGGGGCUCCCUUGCGCCCUCGUAUCCUCGAGGGGUUGAUGUCCCCAAUCGGCUGGUGUGUGACCUUUUUUGUGUUUCGGGAUUGGUGUGGUAGUGGGGAGGGUGAGCCCGGGGCGGCAGUGGAGGAAUGGGAUGCGGUUUGCCCUUUGCGCUCUGCCUUCUUCUUCUUCUUCUUCUUCUUCUUCUUCUUCUAUCGAACGCAUCGGGAGCUGUCCACCACGCGUGAGCCUGUGUAAAAAAAUAUUAUAC